CCUUAUUCACGCCAUUGUUUGGCCGGGACAGCCCCCUCUGAACUAUCGCUGUAACGGAGAGGUUCCAGUGAGUUAAUUAGCUGAGUUAAAUAUCCCCGAAUCCUGGAUCAGACACAGCGGACCGUCUCUGUAUGGGGGUCCCCACAAUAGACGUUUAAUUACUCAGCCUUCACCUCUUACUUUAAACCUCUGAUCGACAGCAAGUUCUUUACGAUCACUAAAGCGUGCUAGUGGAUUCAGCCAUUGAUCUACGUUAUUACAUGAGUGUCGUGUACACACUGCUGUCCUGGGAGCCUGGUCAAGGCUAGUACAGCUAGUGUACAACUAGUACAACUAGUACAUCGUACGUAGUGUGGACGGAGGCUGUCAGUGAGUGUCAGUGUCCAACAUUGUGUCAGUAUCUGACAGCGUGUCAGUGAACCUACUGUCAGUGUCUCAAGGAGCUGUGCAGCUGUUUCGUGGGAUUCCCCUUUUCUGUGGUUGACCAGGAGUCUUAGUGAGGGGGCUUCUAGGAUCCCGUCUCCGCGUGACUUGGACACGUUUACACCCCACCAACCCUACACAUCGUGGGGGAUCGUUGUGAUUAUUCUGUGAUUUUAUUCAUUUGUUCGACAUAUUACCGACGAUGAACUCUGAGGACAAUACCUGAUGGCGGAUUAGUGAGCCUGAAUUAUUGAUGAACACAUCGACAUUCCGGGAUUUGCGGGUUCUGGUGAAUCGUUGUCCUGUAGGACUCUGGUGAAUCGUUGUCCGUCGCGGUCUGACAUGUAGCGCCACCACAUGGAAGCAGGGGACGAAACACAGAGGGCGCUGCUAAACCACAGCACCACCGCUCCCUCGCGGCUCAAUGAGGAACCACCCACAAACAACAACCAUCUGUCCCGCUCCCCAGGCAAGCGGUAUGACGCACCCCCGGGGAACAGGACAGAGGGGUCGGGCUCGGCGUGGAUGGAGUUCAAACCGGUCAUUAACCAGAUGGACAAGAUCCUGGAGAACAAGUACCGCGUCCGGAACAAGACCCAGAUGACGCUCACCGUGCAGGGCAAGGUCUACAACUUCCUGGAGCGACCCACGGGCUGGAAGUGCUUCAUCUACCACUUCACAGUAUUCAUGAUGGUGCUGAUCUGUCUCAUCUUCAGUGUGCUGUCAACCAUUGACCAGUACACCGAGUUUGCCAACGAAACACUCUUCUACAUGGAGAUAGUCCUGGUGGUGUUUUUCGGUCUGGAGUACGUGGUCCGUCUCUGGGCUGCAGGCUGUAGGAGUAAGUACAUGGGACUGGCGGGACGCGUCAGAUUCGCCCGGAAACCCAUCUCCGUCAUUGAUUUCCUGGUCGUCACGGCGUCCAUUGUUGUCUUGUCUGUCGGCUCCAACGGACAAGUGUUCGCAACGUCCGCCAUCAGAGGUGUCCGGUUUCUACAAAUACUGCGUAUGUUACAUGUAGACAGACAGGGCGGAACAUGGCGACUGUUGGGUUCUGUUGUCUACAUUCAUAGACAGGAACUCAUCACGACGCUGUACAUAGGGUUCCUGGGACUCAUCUUCUCUUCCUAUUUUGUCUAUUUGGCGGAAAAAGAGAACGGGUCCACAGAUUUCACAAGCUAUGCAGAUGCGCUCUGGUGGGGCGUGAUCACCGUGACAACGAUAGGGUACGGGGACACAGUGCCCCAGACCUGGAUGGGGAGGAUCGUCGCUUCCUGCUUCUCCGUCUUCGCCAUAUCCUUCUUCGCUCUUCCUGCAGGUAUUCUGGGAUCAGGGUUUGCUUUAAAAGUUCAACAGAAACAACGACAAAAACACUUUAAUCGACAGAUCCCCACCGCAGCUUCUCUCAUACAGUGUCUGUGGCGAUGUCACGCCGCCGAACCGCCAUUUAAGUCGUCAGCUACAUGGAAGGUUCACAUAGAGGAAAAACGACAUUUUGAUAAACACCAUCCCGGGUUUUCCAAAUUGAUGAAUCAUUCCAUGAAUAAAUUAAACAGUAAGCAAAACUCAAACUCCAUGUCCAGAAUCACACAGAAAUCUAGUCUAUUAAAGAAGAGGCGCGGGUUUUCCCGGUCAGCGAGUAUCUCGGAUCGUCAGGGAAGUUGUCAGUCGAUCCCAGAAUGCCCAGAGAAAACAAGCCCGGAUCAGAUCUCUGACGAGAACAACUCCCAAUCCAUGGAAAUGGCAGAGUUUUCUAUAGAUUGUCAAGAAGAGGAGUCUGUUUCAAAACCUCAGGAAUUAACAGAACAACACAAAAUUAUGAUACGAGUUAUCAGGAGAAUUAAAUUCUUUGUAGCCAGACGGCGAUUUCAGUUGGCCAGGAAACCUUAUGACGUCAGGGAUGUUAUCGAGCAGUAUUCUCAGGGACAUUUAAACAUGAUGGUGCGGAUCAAGGAACUCCAGAGAAGACUUGACACCACACUAGGGAAACCACUCCAUGUUUUAACAAGAGACAAAGAGAGAACAACUGUGUUCUCUAAGCUCGCCAGUAUGGAGAACCAGAUGCGAGACCUGGACAGGAAAAUGGACCAGAUUCUGGUGCUUCUUCACACACAACACCAAGAAACUCGUAAUCAGCACCAGUGACCGUGAUCGAUAAGUCCAAUAAUGACAACGAAGGGAGAAAGCUCAUUUACAGUGUUGGUCAAAGAAAAAAGGAGUCUUAAAUGCUCAAAAACACAUUAUUGAGCUAAAUUUUGAAUGAUUGACCAGCAAUUAAUUUUAUGAUUAACCUAUUUCUGCUGUCUGUGCAAGUAGGGAUUGACGAAACCUAUAAACAUGAUUAAAAGAAAGAGAUUUGCAAGAGCAACGAAACAGUAGUUAAUUGAAUACGACAGUUUGAGUUUGAACAAAAAAGAAAUAUACAACUGUGAAAAUAUACUUCUGAAAUUCAAAGUGAUUCAGCGAUGAUACUUUGAAUAUUGCUAAUCACAGUAUUUUAUUGUAAUAAUUGUUUAUAAAGGGUUUAUUCAAACAUAAUGUG